UUUUUGCCCGCCCAAGUGAGCCAUAGAACCGUUGCCCCGAGUCGCCGGUCCCUUUAAGAAGACUCGGUCUUCCCCAAUGGGCUCCAGCGGCGCCCGCAGCAAAAGGCAAACUUGCCUGGCUCAUUGGUGGUGGGGGAAAUGCCGCGUUGGGUGGGAGCUGAGAGAGCGCCAGAGUGCGCUGCAGGCUCCUUUCCCCUUCCCCUUUCCUUAACCCUUCCGGGAGCGGGGAGCGGGGGAACCGGGUCGUGCUGCAGCGCGCCUGAGGAGCCGGGGCGCUGACUGCCCUGGGCUCCCGAAACUUUGCGCGGAGCGUGGGUUGACUAGGUUGAGAAGAGCAGGUGGGCUGGCCUGGGAGGGGCGGGAGGAAGACCCACCCGUCAGUAUCCCAGGUCUCUCGCCCGGGCGUUAGGAAGGCGCGGGUGCAGCGGCAGCAGAGGAGCUGUCCCUUCAGCACCACGGACCUAAAGCCUGGUCGUUAGGAAGGCGGGGGCGGGGCAACAGGCGGGGAGCUGUCUCUUCAGCACCGCGGACCUUUGCCCUCCGAUGAAACCUCUCGGCCCCCGCCCCAGGACUGUCUUUCCUCCAGUUUGAGCGGGGGUGUCGGGAGCAGGCGGUGAGCUUUCCUGGGAGGCUGGGGAAGCAAUGAACACUCUUCUCAGCGACUCGCCUCCCAGCAGUGCUAUUUUUUGCCAUCCGCCCUCACCCCCAGCACACGCGCUCGCACACACACGCACGCACACACACACACACACACACAUAGUCCUCUCUGGAUUUCUUUGCCUUGAGUCUCCCGGGGCUGUGAGGAGCCAGGCGCAUCUCAGACCGAGCUGGCAGCUCCAGGCUCCAGAGCCAUGCCCUGCACGGACCCUCAUCCUUACCAAGCUCCCGAGGAAUGAAAGGAAACCAGGGACCCUCAGAAGGCAGCAGUGAUGUGGACCAACCCCCGGGAGCCUGCACCCUUCCGAGGGCCAUAGGCGACCCAGGGAACUGGAGAGAGCUCCAGACAGGAAAACCCAGCUUUCCCAAAGUCCCUGUGGAUGCCGACAAAAGGAGACCUGAAUUUUUGGAAGAGCCUGUCCUAGGUUACCCAGCUGCAGAGUGAUUUUUCCCCUCUGGCAUUGAAUCUCCCUCUCCAACCCCCAGCCGUCCAGAGUACCAUGAAGAAUUAUGAGGAUGUGUGACAGAGGAGUCCAGAUGUUGAUCACUACUGUGGGAGCCUUUGCAGCGUUUAGUUUAAUGACCAUUGCAGUGGGCACGGACUACUGGUUAUAUUCCAGAGGUGUGUGCAGGACUAAAUCUACAAGUGAUAAUGAAACCAGCAGGAAGAAUGAAGAAGUAAUGACCCAUUCCGGGCUGUGGAGGACCUGCUGCCUAGAAGGGGCUUUCCGAGGCGUGUGCAAGAAAAUUGAUCACUUCCCUGAAGAUGCUGACUAUGAACAGGAUACAGCUGAGUAUCUCCUGCGGGCUGUGAGAGCCUCCAGCGUCUUCCCCAUCCUCAGCGUCACUCUGCUCUUCUUCGGCGGGCUCUGCGUGGCAGCCAGCGAGUUCCACCGCAGCAGACACAAUGUCAUCCUCAGCGCGGGCAUCUUUUUUGUCUCUGCAGGGUUAAGCAACAUCAUCGGCAUCAUAGUUUAUAUAUCAGCCAACGCUGGAGACCCUGGGCAGCGUGACUCCAAAAAGAGCUACUCCUAUGGCUGGUCCUUUUAUUUCGGAGCCUUCUCUUUCAUCAUCGCGGAAAUUGUGGGGGUUGUCGCCGUGCACAUCUAUAUAGAAAAGCAUCAGCAGUUACGUGCCAAAUCCCACUCGGAGCUCCUGAAGAAAUCUACCUUCGCUCGCCUUCCACCCUACAGGUAUAGAUUUCGGAGGCGGUCGAGUUCCCGCUCCACGGAACCCAGAUCCCGAGACCUGUCCCCCAUCAGCAAAGGCUUCCACACCAUCCCUUCCACUGACAUCUCAAUGUUCACCCUCUCCCGGGACCCCUCAAAGAUCACCAUGGGGACCCUCCUCAACUCCGACCGGGACCACGCUUUUCUACAGUUCCACAACUCCACGCCCAAAGAGUUCAAAGAGUCGUUGCAUAAUAAUCCGGCCAACAGGCGCACCACGCCGGUCUGAACUGACCUCGGCCCUCUGCCCUCCGCCCCAGCACAGCCCGGGGGGAAGUGGACAGAGGAGUCUCUGAGGUUGCAUGGCAUGGUCCUCGUGAUGGUAUUACUUUUUACAAAGAAUGAAACCAAAUGGACUCAGCCCUCUCCCACACUUCGCUCCUCCCCGCCCAGGUCCUAACCCGUCCAUCCCUUCCUCCACUUAUCAAGCCAAUCCCAUGAUGUCGUUUCUCUCUGUGUGUAUCUGUGACAGAUGUUUUCCUCUCUUCCUUCUUUACUGGAAGGACCUCCUCAUUCUUCCCUCCUUGGAAGAGGACUUUACUCAAAGUCACAGGUGGUGGCUGGGGGAGGGGGGGCGGUGUGGGGUCUCCAAAUCCCCAGGUGUGUGCACAGGUGUCCCCAUUGUCCACUCAUGCAAAUCCUCAGGCCACUUAACCACCCAGGUGGCCCGGACAGAGGCAUUCACCUUUCCGUGUUAGAAUAACAUGACCAGAAAUCAAAGAUGUCAGAGCCCCGAAGCAGCUAAUGUAAUAAGCACUCAUGUAUUAAAGGUUUUGCCUUGUUGUAA